CAAAUCAUCGGAGAGAAACGCAGCGAUUUGGGAAGCUACCAAGCCGGCGAAGAGUCUACAUCUGCACUCGAAAUAAAGAAUCUUUUUUCUCUUCACUCUCGCGGUCUCAGGGCGGGCGGCGCAAGUCUCUUCUCUUCACUCUCGCGGUUUCACGGCGGCCGGCGCAGCUCUGUUCUCUUCACUCUCGCGGUUUCACGGCGGCCGGCGCAGCUCUCUUCUCUUCACUCUCACGGUCUCGCCUCUCUUCUGUUCCAGUUCUUAGUAUUUCAACUCAAUCAUCCAGUAGUUGCAGCGGUUUCCCAGUUUCAUUCUUUCAUCCGUUCAAUAUGUCUCACCAUAAACCAAGAGAAGGAGCAUUCAAGCUGAAUGAUGUAUUCACCAUUAAAAUGCAUGUUGUCCUGGCCACCACCCUUCUCUUCUAUGAUUUUUUCCACAAAGGCAUCGCUCUUGGUCUC